GUUCCACGUUUACACGCGGCGCACACUCACUCACUCACACUCACUCACUCACUCACUCACUCACACUCACUCACACGCAGAGUUUAUGCUGGGCUGCGGCGCUGUUCUCCGCUAGAUUUUCUCGGGAGUUGGGAGACGGUUUUCCUGUAUUAAGGAUGUUUAGUCCGCGGCUUCUGAUGCUGGUUCUGUGGGCCGGGGUGGAGGCCAGCCCGGGGCCGGUGGGUGAUAUUGUGGUAGAUCGAUAUUUAAUUCCUAAAAGAUGCAUUAGAGAGGUUAAAGACGGAGACUUCGUUCGGUAUCACUAUAACGCCACUUUUACCGACGGUAAGCAGUUCGACUCCAGCUAUAAACGGGAGACUCCAUUCUUUGGAGUGGUUGGACAGGGCCGACAGAUUGCAGGCGUGGACAAAGGCGUUGUGGGUAUGUGUAUCAAUGAACGCAGGAAAAUAACUGUACCGCCCCACCUAGCCUACGGCAGCCAGGGAGCCGGUGACACCAUUCCCCCUGACACCACCUUGGUGUUUGACCUUCACCUACUGGACAUCUUCAACAGAGCGGACCAGGUGCAGACACGGGUCAUCAAAAGCACCAAAAACUGCACACGUUCAGUAAUGAGGACGGACUUUGUUCGCUUCCACUUUAAUGGAACACUGCUGGAUGGCACCAAGUUUGACUCCAGCUACGACCGCUGGCAGACGCAGGACAGUGUGGUGGGUGAAGGCUGGCUGAUUAAAGGUCUGGAGGAGGGGCUGCUGGGGAUGUGUGUGGGAGAAAUCAGACACUUUGUGAUCCCUCCAUUCCUCGCCUUCGGAGAGAAAGGAUACGGUAAAGAAAUUCCACCUCACGCUACAUUGGUGUAUGACCUCCUGCUUGAAGACCUUCACAACCCUAAAGAUGAUAUAACUGUUGAAAUCCUGGACGUGCCAGAACCCUGCAGGCGAAAGUCCGUCACAGGAGACUACAUCCGCUACCAUUACAAUGGCACGUUCCUUAAUGGGGUCACCUUCGACACCAGCUACCAGCGCAACAGCACAUACAACACCUACAUUGGGCUGGGCUAUGUGAUCUCCGGUAUGGAUCAAGGUCUGCAGGGUGUGUGUGUGGGGGAGAGGAGGAGGAUCACAAUGCCACCACACCUAGCAUACGGACAACAGGGAGCAGGUAAGGACAUCCCAGGUUCUGCUGUGCUGGUCUUCGAUAUCCACGUGAUCGACUUUCACAACCCGAAAGAUUCGGUGCAGGUGGACGUCACAUUUAAACCUGAGCAGUGCAACGACACCAGUGAGGUUACAGACUUCAUCCAGUACCACUACAAUUGCUCUCUUCUGGACGGAACCCUGCUCUUCACUUCGAGUGACUAUGGUGCUCCUCAGGAUGUGGUUCUGGGGGCAGACAAAGUGAUUGAUGGGCUGGAUGUGGGUCUGAGGGGCAUGUGUGUGGGCGAGCAGCGGACUGUCCUAGUGCCACCACACCUGGGCCACGGCGAGAGAGGAGCGGGAGUUGUUCCAGGUAGUGCUGUGUUGCAGUUUGAGCUUGAGCUGGUGUCCAUUCAGAAGGGUGUUCCUGAGGGCUAUCUGUUUGUAUGGUUGAAGGACAGCCCAGCUGAGCUCUUCCAGGCCAUGGACAUGAACCAGGACAAAGAGAUCCCCCUAGAGGAGUUCUCAGAGUUCAUAAGGCUACAGGUGAGGGAGGGCAAAGGUCGUCUAAAGCCAGCACGAGAUCCUGAGGUUGUCAUCAGUGACAUGUUUAAAAACCAGGACAGGAACCAGGAUGGCCGCAUAACCGCUGACGAGCUGAAGCUAAAAGUGGAGGAAGAUGAAGCAAAGAACCAUGAUGAACUCUGAGAGAGAGAGAGAGAGAGAGAGAGAGAGAGAGAGAGAGAGAGAGAGAGAGAGAGAAACAGUAAUUAAAAACAACUCAGGAUUUCCAUUUUAACUGAGAAAAAAACAUUACCACCAAAGUGUUUACACUGUAUUUUUUUAAACAAGAAAAUAAUGUACUUUUUCUGCAUUUUACACAUGUAAAAUUUACCUGACCUUUCUUUACCUGCUGGGUCUUAUGUUUAUAAUUGGUACAUGUUGUGUUUUUGUAAGAAUGGUAACUGUGUUUGCAAUGUGGAAGUUUUGUGCAAUGUUUACCAAUUAAACAUCUUUUAAAUAAUA